UGAAGGGUGGGGGAGAGAGAGAAGUCGAAGACGUUCCUCUUCCUCUUGCUGCUGUUAUAAAGAGCUGCGGUUCAGGGGCACGAUAUUGUCACGAGUGCGAGCUCCGAGCCGGGCAGCGGGUUUCCCCAGGAGCUGCCUAAGUUGGGAGACUGUCAUCAUGAUUCACUCGCUGCUCACUCUGUCGGUGCUCAGCUGCCUUUCCUCAGCCCUGCACUUCCGAGGCAGCCUGCCUUGCUACAAGAUCUUGCCCGGUAGAAAGUUUCAAGGAGUCAGGUCUUACCCUCGUCCCCAUGGAUACCUCCCCAUUGCCGAUCUGCCAAAGGAAUGGGACUGGCGCAACGUGAAUGGCACUAACUUUGUCAGCACCACCAGGAACCAGCACAUCCCCCAGUACUGUGGAUCAUGCUGGGCUCACGGAAGCACCAGUGCUCUGGCAGAUCGGAUCAAUAUUAAACGCAAAGGUGCCUGGCCAUCUGCUUACCUGUCUGUACAGGAAGUCAUUGACUGUGCCAAUGCAGGCUCCUGUGAAGGGGGGGAUCACAUGGGAGUCUGGGAAUAUGCACAUACAAACGGCAUUCCAGAUGAGACGUGUAACAAUUACCAGGCCAAGGACCAAGAUUGUAAGCCUUUUAACCGAUGUGGCACCUGCACAACCUUUAAUGUCUGCCACGUGGUCAAGAAUUAUACCCUCUGGAAGGUUGGUGACUAUGGCAGCGUCAACGGGCGAGAGAGUAUGAUGGCAGAGAUUUAUGCCAACGGUCCAAUCAGUUGUGGCAUUAUGGCUACAGAUAAACUGGAUGCCUACACGGGAGGAUUGUAUAUGGAGUACCAAUCAGAACCAGAGAUAAAUCAUAUCGUGUCAGUGGCAGGCUGGGGUGUAGAGAAUGGAAUUGAAUACUGGAUUGUGCGCAACUCUUGGGGUGAUCCAUGGGGGGAAAGAGGUUGGCUCCGAAUUGUCACCAGUGCCUACAUGGGAGGAAAAGGAAACUCUUACAAUCUGGCAAUCGAAGAGGACUGUGCCUACGGGGAUCCUAUCCUGUAAAAGUGAACAGGUUUCACCCCACACCUACUCUUCAUAGGAAUGAAACUUUUUGAAAAUAUAUUUCAGAUUACCACUUUAAGAAGAAAUGCGAAUCACAGAGAUAUACAAAUUAUUUUAUAUUCUGUGCCUCAAAGUUGACUGAAUUGAGUGAUUUUAUUUUUAAACAAAGAUGUAACUCUAUAGCAGGAAACAGAAGAGGAAAGGUUUUGGUUCCAAGAGGCUAAGACCACAGCUUGAAUAAAACAAAACCCUUGAGGACCA